UAUAAAUAUGACUCUCCUGGUAAUGUAGCUACCAGUUAGUAAUCUGAGCUUCAUACAAUCACUGAACAACACUAACGACGAACAUGUCUCCCUCCAGAAGACUCACAAGCUACUUGGUGGUUCUCAGCAUCGUCGUAGCCAUUAUGGCUGUCAGAACAGAUGGGGAUGAAAUCAAAGUCACCAGCUGUUGUACUACAGUGUCAAAGAAGAAGAUCACAUCACCCAUCCUGGGGUACAGGACCCAGAAAUGGAACCCACCUUGCGUGAAGGCAGUGAUCUUCGAUACUGAAGACGGACCUGUGUGCAGCCACUGGAAGGAAGAAUGGGUCUUUCGUAAAGUUAAGGAACUGGAGACGGCCCGGAGAACCCAGAUCACCACAGCCCCCACCUCGAGGGGGGUCUGAGUGCUCCCACAAGCAGAUUCUAUGGCUCAAAUCAACACUCCUUUCCAGUUAUAAAUGAUGGUCUCCACAGUAGCUCAAUUCACUAACAUCCACGAGUAUUUAAAUCUUAUAUGUUUUAAUGUAGACUUAAAUUAUUAACUGUUACUCAUGAUGCACUUUUAUUUAUUUCUUUAAAUUAUUGUUAAGGAGUAUGUAUUGGCAACCUUAAUGUAUAUUGUUUUAGAUUUGCUGUGGAGAUUAACCGUUUAUGGAAAUGUCUAAGAUGGAUGUGUUACUGCGGUGGACGAAAUAAAAAAUGGAAAACGGCAAA